AUGAGGGGCGGGACCAGACCGGGCAAAUAUGGCAGCAAGAAGCGGGCUUUGGUAGAUCUGCAUGAUCUCCUGGCUUGCCAGGCCGAGCGCUCAACAUGGGAGGCUGCUGUACCAGCGACACAGAGGCAUUUCGACAGUCACUGUCCGUUUGGAGCCUCGCACUGUGGAACAGGUCUCGUGCACUGUUGCCUAACAAACUGCAGACUGGCCAGACAAAUUAUUCUUGAUUGA